AUGGCGGGAAGCUCACAGGCCUCACCCGAUGAUGACCCCGGCCCCGAGCUCGAGCCCGGCGGCGGCGUCGGCUCGGCUUCAGCGGCAGCAGCUGGGCCGGCGGAAUCCGCUUCCGAGCCAACGUCCGGCUCCGACACGGCCGGGACUAGCACCCCUUCCGAGGCCGCAGCUGCAGCCGCCCUAAGAAAAGAAAAAGGUCGUGUUAGAUUCAAUAGCAACGCGGCCGCGACAAAGCCUCCGACAUCACCACCAGUAAUCCCAACUACACCCAAGCUUGCUCCGACACAGCCUGCCAGACCGUCCAUCUUACGAGGUGGCUCCGGCAGUUCCAUCCCUACGGUAGCUACCUUUGCCAAAGAGGAGCCCCAUCUCUCGGAUGACAAUGAACGCCAAGAAGCCAAGUCGGCGGCAGCUGCUGCUCAAGAACGUGCUCGGCAGAUGGCUGCCAAUGUUCACUCUGGCUCACCGAGCCGAGACAACCGACACUCUAUCGAGUCCGCCACCACUACCACCGCGAGCGAGUACGAUCUCGGAGGAGGCGAAGGAGCUGGAGGGUAUAUUGCUCUUCAAGAUCUCCACUCCCGGCAGCCACUCAACGGCAAAUCUAACGAGGCCGAGACGAAAGCUCAAGAACACCAUGCCGCCCUCAACGACGAGGCCUACAAGAUCGUGAGGGCUCACACUUGGCGCCUCGCUGAGACGUCUGAUGGCGGCGCCGGCCCAUCCAACGCCCAGGAAGCAGAGACCCACAAGGCCACCGAACAUCUCCUGCAGGAGAUCAACGACGGCCAGUACGACGGCGUCUACUCCGUCCCUGCACCUACAGAGUAUCGCGGUAGUGUUCUGUCACAGCUGCUGAAGCUAUACAAGCCCGCGGAAUCGGGCAGCCAGUAUCAGUCCGGGCAGAACAAUCGCAGCUCCGUCACCUCCUUUUCCUUUGGCGGAGCCCUGCCGGGCGCCGGCACGCCAGGCUCCAAUUCGGGUACCGCAACGCCGACGACGCCCGGGAAGAGGAAGUGGUACGACGCGAACCGCUCACAGGAGACCCUCGUCAACCUCAUCGAAGCAUCCGCCCGCCUCGCAAACCCCAACACGCAAAAGACUGACGAGUCGCCAAAGGAUGGCAAAGCGGCUGCCAAAAAGACGCGGGCGAAGCACAAGCGGACCGCGAGCAACUCCAUCGCCGCGUACCUCGCCAGACAAGAAGAGGAGGCCAAGAUCACUGUUCACAUUGCCGAGACGCUCUCCAGACAGGAGUAUAUCAUCAUGCUCUGCAAGGCGUUGAUGCUGUUUGGUGCGCCCACGCAUCGUCUGGAAGAGUAUCUCAGCACAACGGCAAAGGUCCUUGAAAUCGACGGCCACUUCUUGUACCUCCCCGGAUGCAUGAUCAUCUCCUUUGACGAUCGUUCCACCCACACAACCGAAGUUCGUAUCGUCCGCGUCGCCCAGGGCAUCGACCUCGGAAAGCUCAGGGACACGCACCACGUCUACAAGGAGGUCAUCCACGACGUUGUCAGCGUUGACGACGGCAUCCAGCAGUUGGACACGCUCAUCAAAGCCAAGGACAAGUUUCACGCGUGGAUCCGCGUCCUCGUGUUCGGUUUGACCAGCGCCACGGCCGCCCCCUUUUCCUUCGGCGCGCGUCUCAUCGAUCUGCCGCUCUGCUUCUUCUUUGGCUGCCUCGUCGGUUUCUUGCAGCUCAUCGUGGCCGCCAACUCCAAGUUGUACAGCAACGUGCUCGAAGUGACGGCUACCGUCUUGGUAAGUUUCCUGGCCAGAGCUUUUGGCAGUAUCAAGGGCGGCGAGCUUUUUUGCUUCUCGGCCAUGGCCCAGGGAGGCAUCGUCAUGCUUCUACCUGGAUAUGCAGUUUUGUGUUCCGCCCUCGAGCUCCAAUCCCGCGCCAUCGUCCCCGGCUCGAUCCGCAUCGUCUACGCCAUCAUCUACUCCCUCUUCCUCGGCUUCGGCAUCACCAUCGGCGCCGUCCUCUACGGCAUGUUCGACAGCAACGCCGUCUCCACGACGAGCUGUACCAACUCGAUCCCCGCUUACUACAGCUUCAUCUUCGUGCCCCUCUUCGUCCUCUGCAUCAGCAUCCUGUAUCAGGCCAAAUGGCGCCAGAUGCCCGUCAUGCUCGUCGUCGCCUUUGCCGGCUACAUUGUCAAUUACUUUAGCAGCCUGCGCUUCAGCGCCGCUCCGCAGGUCGCCAACGCCCUCGGCGCCCUCACCGUCGGCGUCCUGGCGAACCUCUACUCGCGUCUGCGGCACGGCGUCGCCGCGGCCACGCUCAUCCCGGCCAUCUUCACGCAGGUGCCGGGAGGUCUGGCGUCCACUGGAGGAUUGCUGAGCGGUCUGACUGCCGCCAACGCCAUCACCAACUCGACGCACGCCGUCAAUGGCACGAGCUCUGUUCACUACUCUGGAGGCGAGUCUGUGAACACGGUCGUGUUCAACGUCGCCGCCUCCAUGAUCCAGAUUGCCAUUGGUAUUGCCGUUGGCCUCUUCAUCAGCGCGUUGAUCAUCUACCCGCUCGGCAAGCGCCGCAGUGGUCUGUUCAGUUUCUAA